AUGUCCGCUACUCCAGUCGUUUCUAUGCCCUCGGACGUCGUGGCCGCUGCUCAGGCGGCAAACCCGCCUCAGAUCGCGCCCCAUCGCUCCCACGACCCCUCCAACAACCUCAAACGGUCAGACCCUUUCCAGUUCGGCUCUCGCUUUCUCGAGGAGGGUGACGACGUAUACGAGUUUAAUGCCUGGGACCAUGUCGAACCCGACGCCGAGUUCCUGGCGUUUGCAGAAACCCAAUACGCAAAGCAGCGCGAAGCCCAAGCCUCCGAUUUCGACAAGAAGCGCUUCAACGCCGACCCGGUGAAAUGGUGGAAUCUCUUCUACAAGAACAACACUGCGAACUUUUUUAAAGACCGCAAGUGGCUGCAGCAGGAGUUCCCGGUUCUCGAGGAGGUCACUCGUGAAGACUCCGGCAAGCAGGUCGUGCUGGAGGUUGGUGCUGGUGCGGGGAACACCGCGUUCCCGUUGAUAAAGAAUAAUGAGAACCCGGAGCUUAUGGUUCAUGCUUGUGACUUCUCGAAGACGGCGGUCCAGGUCAUGCGCGAUAGCGAGCACUAUGACCCAAAGCACAUCACGGCUGAUGUGUGGGAUGUUAGUGCCCAGCCCAGUGAGGACAGCAAUGGCCUGCCGCCUGGUCUGACGGAGGGCUCUGUUGAUGUCGUUAUUCUCAUCUUCAUCUUCUCGGCUCUUGCGCCUGAGCAGUGGGAGACGGCUAUUCGGAACGUAUACCGGGUGCUGAAGCCCGGCGGUCAGGUCUUGUUCCGUGAUUACGGAAGGGGAGAUCUUGCCCAGGUUCGGUUCAAGAAAAACCGCUAUCUGGCCGAGAAUUUCUACGUCCGCGGAGAUGGGACUCGUGUUUACUUCUUCGACAAGGACGAGUUGGAGCAGAUGUGGAGUGAGUGGACACCGGAGAAGGGUCUGCCGGAGUUGGAAGUGCCCGAAGCAGCUGAGGAGGCAUCUAAAGGCGAAGAGAGACCUGCCCAGCCCGCUCCGGCACAAGAGGGCGUCUUUGAUCUUAAGAACCUGGCGUAUGACCGCCGGUUGAUCGUCAACCGUCAGCGUAAGCUGAAAAUGUACCGCUGCUGGAUUCAGGGUCAUUUUAUCAAGCGCCAAUAG